CUUUGUUUGUUUUUGGGCUUCUCACAGCUUCCACCGAAUAACGCAGUCGUUCUUCCAGCAUUAUUAUUUCCGCCGCCUUAGUACCGCCGGAGCCACCAAUCAUCCUUCGCCUAUUCCUCAUCAUCCUACUCAUUUCCUUGCCUUCUUUCUUCUUCUUCUUCUUCUUUCAUUCCUUCCAUCGUUCGGGACGGCAUUCCGAGGAGUUCGGUUGCGGAAGAGAUAUUGAACGAUAGGGUUUAUUCGAGGGGGUUCAAUUUGGGUGAAAGCCCACUGUGUUUGACUAUUUACAGAUAUUAGCUGUGAAGAUAUGAAGAUUAUAUUGAGGAAUUCGUCGCUAGUUCGUUGGGCCGUGAGAGAUGGUUGCACUUUCCCUGCCUUCAUCCAGAAGGGAGUCAGGGCAGAUCUUCGCAAUCCGACACCUAGUGUUGAUCUGGCCAGGGCAAGUAGUCAUAUGUCUGGAUGUCAUCAUGACUGUCAUAGCAAUCAAUAUCAAGAAAGAGCAAUGUUGAGAAUGCCCGUUUUGUUUUCUCAAAGACGGGCAUAUUCGACACAACCAGGACUUGGCAAUGUCAUGCUUAUUAACAAAUCAGUGGAGAACACCGAUACCAAAUCUGAAGUUCAGAAGCAUCAUUUUGGGUGGAGUCCAGAUGAUGACAAGGUGCUUGCAAGCGCUUGGCUCACGGUGUCCAAAUCCAACAUUGCAGGUGGUUCCAGAAUUAAAAAGCUAGGUUGGAAAAAGAUUACAGAUUACCUAAACGAGAAUAAAAAAUUUGGGAUUGCAAGAAAUUCGUCGGCUGUGAAAGCACAUUGGCAUUGGUUGAAAAACAUAAUAUGCGAAUUCAACUACUUUUAUGACAAGUUAGUUGAAGAGCAUCAUGGCGAGUGGAAUGAGGAUCAAUUGAAACAACGUGCACAUGAACUUUACUAUCAGAAGAAUAAGAAGGAAUUUGUAUAUGAGGAUGUAUGGAUGAUGUAUAAAGGUGAUCCAACAUGGGAAGCGUUUGUUUCUGCACCGAAAUCCUUGAAGAAGACAAGGAUUGUAGAAAUCAGGGAGCGUGCUUCUCGAUCCGAUCAGGAUUCAAGCUUCAGUGCAUCAGAAAUUUACUCAAUAGGUCAAGAAGCAGCAAAGGAGAGGAAUGAAAAGAAAACCUUGAAUUUGAGUGAGGAAAAGUCAAGCUCAACCCCAGAGAAAACUCAGGCAAUGUCAAAGCAAUUUGAAGAAGAAGAAAGGAAGAAAGCUUUUGAAAGUAUUGCAAGCAGAGUGGAGAGUCAUGCAUUUAAAAGUGACUAUGAAAUCUUGGUGAGAGAUACGGGAGACAUGAACCAACAGCAACUAGCUGCUCAUGAGCAUAUGUGCAACAUUUUAAAAGCCAAGUAUAAUUUUCCGUAGCUUUCUGUGAAUGUGUUUGAAUGGUGAUUUCGGUUAGAUGUAGACUAGUCAGUCAGUCGGGUUUGGAUUCUAGUCAAUCUUAGUUUACAUGAGUGAGUUAAAAUAUUUCAAGUUUAGUUGCUUAUUCUGAACAGGAGAUUCAUGAUUCGCAGUACAAGUAGUAGUAGUAAUAGUUAGGAGAAAAAAAUGCAAAACAAGUCAAGUAUCAUCUGCAGGGUUAACCGCUGAAACAAUUUUUUGGGCAUAUGCUUAGACUCAAUUUGCCAAGAACUGGACACAAUUGAUACCCAAACAUAACAGACCUAGACAACUGAGAAUUUUUCUAUGUACUCAAUUCACUUGAGAAUAUGGGGUUUUUUCUCAUCUCUCUCCGUAAUUCAUUAUGAAAGUUCCCCAG